GCGCCUGUGAAUCAAACGAUUUGAAAAGCUACGUUGUAAAAGCGCGGCCGUGGGGACACUCGCGCGACGCGAUUGGUCGAGUCCCGUCCCCGGUGGCUCGCGCGCCAUUGGCCGCUUGCCGAGCAACGGAGCCAAUCGGCGCAAGCGAGGGCGGAGGCACCCGCCCCUAUGCGCGCUAGGUAUUCCAAUGUGCCCGUCCCGGCCACGUGGUUCCGCCUUCCGUCCUUGAGCGAGGCGUUCUCGACGCGCCCGCACUUGGCGAUGUCAACAUCGGCGCCACCGCUCAUGACCGAGUACUAAUUGCUCGUUACCACCCCCCCCCACACCUGCGCGGUGCCGUUGAGCCCAUUGAACCUAUCUGCAUGGAGGUAGGUCAGAGUGUAGAGGUCGCAGACCUCGCGACUCCACGUGUUUGACCGCCUCCUCCACCGUGCUAGUUUAGGGGCUGCGUGGACGCGGCGCCACAACCGCGGUCAGUUAAUUGGCUUGUCCCCGACCCCGGUAGAGCCGUGGUGUAGAUGCCUCUGCUUCGUUAUUGAAUGGGACCGCGGUUUCGUCUGUGUUGACCUUCAUCACCAUCGAUACCAUGCGUUGCCUCGGAGUUGCCAUUGUCCGAGAGUUGUCGCGCAGUCGACGAGGCUGGUCUCGGGGUCCGGGUUUCAACCCGUGUCGGGCAAGCGGGACGGACUGCGCCGGCGAGGCAGGAGGUGGUGGACGAGGAGGAUGCGAGGCUGCCACCGUGGAGACGUCAAACGCGACGCCGCGCUUCUACGUGAGCACCCCGAUAUUCUACGUGAACGCGGCGCCGCACAUCGGACAUCUCUACUCGGUGACGCUGGCCGACUGCCUGCAGCGACGCCAGGCUCUGUGCGGGCACAGGGUCCGCUUCUCCAGCGGCACGGACGAGCAUGGCCUUAAAAUACAGCAAGCGGCCGUGCAGGCGAGGCAGGCCCCGGCCAAGUUCUGCACGUCCGUAUCGGAGCGAUUCAAGGCCCUCUUUGCGGCCGCCAACGUGGGCCACACGGACUGGGUGCGCACGACGGAGCCGCGACAUUUCAGGGCCGUGAACUAUUUCUGGCGCAAGCUGCGUGACGGCGGACACAUUCACCGCGGCAGCUACGAGGGCUGGUACUGCACAGCGGAGGAGAGCUUCCUGGCGAAUGCACAGGUCACGGACGGAGUUGACCCACAAGGCAAGCCCAUCAAGGUGUCGGCAGAAAGCGGCCACCCAGUGGACUGGACCUCGGAGGACAAUUACAUAUUCAGAUUAUCGACAUUUACACCGAAGAUAGAAGCAUGGCUGCAAACAGAACCACAUCCCGUCUUUCCGGAGAAGUUUCGUCAGCUGGCACUCCAGUGGUUACAUGAAGGGCUUCCCGACCUGUCAGUAUCUCGACCACAUGCCCGCCUGCAGUGGGGCAUCCCUGUUCCUGACGACCCUACUCAAACCAUCUACGUCUGGCUCGAUGCGCUCGUUAACUACCUGACCAUCACAGGCUAUCCCGAUGAGGGUUAUGGAGAGUGGUGGCCCUGUGACCUCCAUGUUCUGGGUAAAGACAUCUUAAAGUUCCAUGCUCUGUACUGGCCAGCAUUCCUCAUGGCUGCAGGAUUGGAGCCUCCUCGUCGCCUCCUAGUACACUCCCACUGGACUGUUGCCGGACGCAAGAUGUCCAAGAGUCUAGGCAAUUCUGUGGACCCCAAUGAGGACAUCAACAGGUACUCUGCCGAUGGGCUUCGGUAUUUUUUGCUGCGUCAAGGUGUGCCGGAAUCGGAUGGGGAUUACUACCCUGAAAAGGUGGAAAAAAUGCUCAAUGCUGAGCUUUCAGGCACGUUAGGAGGACUUCUUAACAGGUGUGUGGCUCCAGCCUUAAAUCCGGAACAGAUUUUCCCUCAAUUCCAUCGGCCAUUGUUCCCUGAGAAAAAUCACACAAGUACCGAGACUGGGCUGCCUCACUUGACAUCAAGCGACUAUGAGCUCAUUACAAGCGUUGAGAAUUUGCCAGCCGUUGUACAAGACUGCUAUGACAGAGCGGCUGUGUAUCAGGCGCUGGAUGCCAUCGCUGCCUGCUUGCACAAAGGCAAUGCGUUCGUGCAGCGCCACGCUCCAUGGAAAAUUACACCGCCUUCUGAUCAAGAGGACAGGGAACCAGGCAGCAGCAGCCAUGGUAAGAUGUGGCAUGACACGGUGCUGCACGUUGCAAUGGAGACUCUGCGUGUUUGCGGCAUUCUGCUGCAACCCGCUGUGCCGGGCCUGGCGAGCAAGCUUCUCGACCGACUCGGCAUCCCGGGUCACCACGCUGGCUCCCGAGAGCGUUCCUGGGAGUCUUUGACAUGCUUCGAUGCAUACCGAGGGCGCACCUGCCUGCACGGUGGCCAGAAGCUGGGGUCAGACUCUGGGCUGCUGUUCCCAAGAAUUGAUGGAAAAAUAGGGAAGAAGCCCAAGAAGUCUGCAAAGGAUGACUCGGGGCACAAAAACUGAGUGCAUUUGUUUUACAUGUGUAUUCCCCAAAAAUACUAGCCAUGUCAACACUAUAUAAAAAAAAUCAUAAAAUAAAUGUAUAUACAUAUUUUAUAUAAAUGGACUUAAAUAAUUGACAAAUGAAAUGUACAGAACACUGUGAAUGUUUUAUAUUUAUUUAGUCAUACAGUUCUGUCACGUGACACAGUUUUGUUUUUACCAUAGUUGUUAACAUUUAGUUGAUGUAAAAAUAAAUGUUUAACAACUUGUGUUGAA